UCAGAUAUUUUUUGUGAUGAGCAUGGAUCAAAAGAAUUCAAUAAGAAAGCUGUUUGUCCUGCAUGUGAUAACAACCUACCUGGAAAGUUUGAUGUUAUACGGAUUGAUCUGUCCCCAUCAGAGCAGUAUAAAUCUAUGGUGUUAGCUGGUCAAAGACCUGAAAUCAUAUUAGAAGUUUGCUCAAGGGCACUUGCAUUUUGGACCUACCAGAUAGAGCAGGAGAGAACAUAUCAGGAUUAUGUGUCUAAGAAAGCAAAGGAGAGGAAUACACAGAUGGAGCAAUACUGUGAACAGCUUCUCAACAGGACACAAACAGAAGUCUCUAGUUUGAAAUCUCAAAUUUCAGCACUGCGGAGAGAAGUUGAAGGAACCAAGAAGCGAUACAAUGAUGUUUAUGAGAAACUUGUUGAGAAAAACAGACAGCAUCAAAAGCUACAGGUGAGAAUAAAUGUCUGUCCAUAGU